GCAAACCCACACAACUACGACGCGUGGUUUGAUUACCUCCGCCUGGUGGAGAACGACGCCGACCCCGACACAGUGAGAGAGGUUUAUGAGAGAGCCAUCGCCAACAUGCCCCCCAUCCAGGAGAAGAGACACUGGAAACGAUACAUCUACCUGUGGAUCAACUACGCUCUGUACGAAGAGCUGGAGGUCAAGGAUCCUGAGAGAACAAGGCAGGUGUACCAGGCCUGUCUGGAUCUCAUCCCACAUAAAAAGUUCACAUUUGCUAAGAUUUGGCUGCUCUACGCUCAGUUUGAGAUCCGGCAGAAGAACCUGCAGGGAGCCAGAAAGGUCAUGGGUACUGCGAUCGGUAAAUGCCCGAAGAACAAACUGCUGAAGGGCUACAUCGAGCUUGAGCUGCAGCUGCGUGAGUUCGACCGCUGCAGGAAGCUGUAUGAGAAGUACCUGGAGUUCAGUCCGGAGAACUGCACCACCUGGAUCAAGUUCUCGGAGCUGGAGACGAUCCUGGGAGACAUCGAGAGAGCCCGCGGCAUCUUCGAACUCGCCAUCGGACAACCACGACUGGACAUGCCAGAGGUGCUGUGGAAGUCCUACAUUGACUUUGAGAUUGAGCAGGAGGAGUAUGGAAACACCAGAAACCUUUACAAAAGGCUGCUGCAGCGCACCCAGCAUGUCAAGGUUUGGAUCAGCUACGCCAAGUUCGAGCUGUCCAUCGACAGCCCCGACAGGCUGCAGCAAUGCCGGCAGAUCUUCGAGGAGGCCAACAAGAGCAUGAGGAACUGCGAGGAGAAGGAGGAGCGGCUGAUGCUGCUCGAGUCCUGGAGCGACUUUGAGAAGGAGUUCGGCUCCGACAGCACCAUGGAGAGAGUCAGGAAGCUGCUGCCAGAGAAGGUGAAGAAGAGGAGGAAGCUGACGGCCGAGGACGGGUCGGACGCGGGCUGGGAGGAGUACUACGACUACAUCUUCCCAGAGGACGCCGCCAACCAGCCCAACCUCAAACUGCUGGCCAUGGCAAAGAUGUGGAAGAGGAAGCAGAUGGUGGAAAAUGAGGUUCCAGAAGAAACUGAAGCUCCAAUGGACGAGGGGACGACAUCGCCGUCCUCCGACGACCCUGCAGCUCCUCCCGAAAAGCUGCCGGAAAACGACUCAGACGGAAACACAGCGACCGAAAAAGAGCAGGAGAAGACGUACGACGACCGAGACGACAGCAGCAGCAGCAGCGAGAGUGACAGUAAUGAUGAAAAAGAUGGAGAGGAAGAUAAGAAAGAGAGCCGGAGCGGAGACGAAGAUAAAGAUAAAGACUAAAGUGAUGUUUUUGUAGGAAAGUUUCCUCGCUCAGGGACACGAGGGGAGUGACGUUCAUCGUGAAUGGAUUUUUUUCUACUGAUCUGUUUUUCUAACAAAAACAACAAACCCAGCUGAGCAGUCUUUAUUGUAUGACCCAUGUUUUCUGUGUAACGGUGCCAUUAGACAUACAUCAAGUCAAACUCA